AUGGAUGAUUCAACAGAUCAUUUACAAGAUAAACUAAGAAAGGAAAGGACAAAUAAUCAGUUAAUUGUAAAUCAAUGCAAUUUUGAUAUAAUUGAAAAAUAUGUAGAUUCCUCGAGUGAAGCUGAAAAAACAGAUGAAUACCUGAAAGAAGGAAACAACAAUAAUCAAAAUGACGAAACAUGGAAAUACAAGCCGCGCUCAAGUUGUAUUGACGCAAAUACGCGUAAGUUAAAUACGAAUAAGUUCAGUACGAACAAGCUGUAUAAUAACACAUUGAAUUAUAACAAGACAGUCUCUCAGCAUAACGCUAGCUUUCCCCCAGCUUUGCACAGGAGCAAAUUGAACUUACAAAAGGAUAACUUAGAUGAAAAGCUAGACUUGCGAAGAAUUUAUGAAAGCAUAAAUAACUCUCCUGAAGGAUAUGUUAAUGAUAUAAAAAAAGAAUGUAACGAUGAGACGAUUCAUCCAAAUUUAGUAAACACAUGUAGCAUUGAAAGUACGAAUAAUGAAGAGAAAAGGAAUACACAUGCUAAAAAAAUUAAACGGGUCGAAGAAGAACAAGGUAAUGAUAUGAAUGUACAGAAUAAAUACAACAUAACAUUUCAGUUAAACAAAAAUGAGUUAGCCAAACUGCAAUGGACAAAUCCUGUAAAUGAUGAUGAAGUAAGAGAAAUAAAAAAUUUGAAGGAAGUAAAACUACAUGAAAUACGUUUUGAUUUUUCAGGAAUAUUAAGAAUUCAAAUAAAUGAACACUUAUUCAAUGAAAAAAAAAAAAAAAAAAUUUUUAACAAUUUUGAUGGUUUGUAUCAUCACAAUGAAGAACCAUUAAAUAGUGGAUAUACAUUUCCUGAAAUUUUAUUUUUAUGUCAAAGUUCAUAUAGUAAUCAAGUGUGCAUAUCACUAAAAAUUCUUAAAAAUAUUUUUAUUAAUUUACAUUUAAAAGUAAUUUAUGUCACUGAAAAGAAACUCAUGCAUUUGUUAAAUGACUAUGAUGAUAUAAAAAACAAAUACUGCUUUGGUUUUACCUUUAGAAGAUUUGUAAAUUAUUUAAACAAUGAUUUAAAUAUAUUCAAAAAAUUACUCUCUUUGCUCAAUUUUCAUAAUAACAAAAAUGUAGAAAUUAACUGUAUUCACUGUUUGGCUAGCUAUUCUUUCCCAAAUAAUGUCUCUACUUUAACACAGAAUGUAAUAUUUGAUCAAAGCAAAGAAGAACGUUCUUCUAACUUAAAAUUUUAUAUUGAUUAUGAAUUGUUUUGUAUUUACGACUUCCUUAGCGAUAGCAGCUUCCUUUUUGAAGGUUACAAUAUGUUUUUUUAUUCCAGCAAAAAGGAAAAAAAUCGCAUGAACAGUACAGGUAAGAGGGGAAAAAAAGAGUUUGAAAGGGGGAAAGAACAGGAGAUCGAAAAAACGGAGAGUGACAAAACGGAGAGUGACAAAACGGAGAGUGACAAAACGGAGAGUGACAAAACGGGGAGUGAUCAAAAGGAGAGUUAUGAAACGGAGAAAAAUGAGGACAAAGUUGCGGGGGAACAGGAUGCAAAUAGGUACGUCCACACAAAUAAGGCAAAUUCUACCAUCAUUAAAGACGGAAAAGUUAACAAGUUUAUAAACUUUAUUAGUAAAUAUAAAGAAAAUGAACUGUUCAGAAAAAACGAAAAAGAUGAUGAAAAAACAAUAAAGAGGAGUAAUAGGAACAAAAAUGAAAAAAAAAUGAACAAAGCAGACAAGAAUGAUACAGAUGUUUAUUUGAACUAUGAGAUAGUGGCUAACUUGGAAAGAAUAAAUAAAUCUGUUGAUGAUCCUUUAAAAAGAAAACAGAUAAACUUUAAAAUAAUAAGUUUAUAUAAAUCUAAAAGUUACAAGUAUAGUGAAAUUCUGAACAGUUUAAGUAAUGUGUUGUUAACCAAUUUUGGAAUAGUUGAAAUAGAAAAUAGUUGUGUGUGUCUUUUGAUUGGACUGUUGGUUAUGAACAAACAACAAAUGAAUAUACUGAAAUGCUCGACGUUAGUAAAAAAUUUAGAAAAAAUUUAUCAGUCGAAAAUUAUAGGUAGUGAGUUAAACAAUGAAAGAUUAAAAAGAGAAAAUAAAAAGACAGACAAGAAUAUUGAUUAUGUGGAUAUAAAUUUUACGUACAAUUUAAUAACAUUAAUAAGAUAUAUUAUUAUUUAUAAUUAUGAUAAGAAAAUUUUAGAAAAAUUUGAUGUAUUAUCCUUUUUAAUAUUUUUUAAAACACUUCCUUUUAAUAAAGAAAAAAAAAAUAAAGAAAUAUAUUUUUUUUUAGCUUGUGAAACAUUGAAAGUAUUUCGACUUUUAUUAUACUGUAAUAUAUAUAUAGAAUCAGUAGACUACUUUCACGAUUUAAUUAAUGAAAUUAGUAAGGAAAACAUAAAAAAUAAUGUAAUAUAUAAAAAGUUUUUGUCUCAGGCAUAUUUAUACAUAGCUACCUACAAUAUCAUUUGCACUGAUCUUGAGCUAUCUGGCUUUAUAUAUUUGACUAAAAUUGUUAGAACACUGAAGAUUCAGCUGUGGAAUGUUUUUUGUAUGGAUUAUGGUGAAACGGAAACCAGUGCACACAAUUCGAAGUACAAAAGGAAAGAAGAAAUAACAGCAAAUGCAACAACAGCAAAUGCAACAAAGAAUAAAUUAGACUUGACCUUUAAUCAUCUGUGUGACUUAGAACUGAUAUAUCAAUGCUGCUGUUAUUUGUACUCCUUUUUUUUUUCGGUUAAAAGAAAAAUAUAUAUCUAUAGAGAAGAAAGCAUGAGCGCCGAUCAUACUGUUAGUCAGUUGGCGAAUCUUGUUGAGCAGUUAAUACACGCCAUAAUAAAGGAGUUUAUUAAUUUUUUGAAUAUGUAUAGAAAUGUGGAUACUAACAAAUGUAAUAAAAUUACUAGUGAUGUAAGUAAUAACACAAGUAGUAGCAUAAUUAAUGACAUGAUUAAUCGAACAAGGGAAUGUCCUUUUCCGUUCUGUUUCAUUAUUUAUAGUAAGGAUGUCGACUUACACUUUUUUUUUAUUAUGUACAUACAAAUUUUAAAUAUCCUUUUAUGUGUUACUUUGGAGCUAUAUUAUAUUUAUUAUGAAAAAGAAAAAAAGGAUAUCACCUGUGUUGAACGUUUGUUUGCCAUCUUUAGCCAGGACUCUUUUAGUUGUGUUAGAAGAAACAUUUUUGAAAUAGAAAAUGUUCUAGACUCAUACAACACCCUUUUACCGCUUUCUUAUCUGUUUUAUAACCUCUACAGAAUUGUAAAUGCUUCCAUCGAAAAUUCUUGCUGCGAAAAUGCUUCCAUCGAAAAUUCUUGCAGUGAAAAUGCUUCCAUUGGUCAUACUUACACAAACAACACUAAUAGAACACAUUUUGAAUUACUGAUCCACUCUCUCUGCUUCUGUUCGUCUGUUCCCCUUAGCUCUUUUUGUCUCAAGGAAAUUGUAAGCGAAUGCGAUACUGUCAAAUUUUAUGCGAAAACUGUAAAAAAUGGUAAUGUAUUUUUUGGAAAAAAUUCUGAACAGUGCAGGAAAAAUGAGAAUGAUCAAAAGGAAGAUUAUUUGGCCGAUGUUGAGGGGGGAACAAAGACGAUUUAUACAAGUACCUGUGAUGAUAAUUCUUUUCACGUAAAGUAUGAUACAAAUGAAGAACAAAAGAAUAGAAUAGUGAACGAAGGGAAAAUGAUAAGUAACUAUGAUAGUCUUGGCAUUUCAACAUGUAUAUUGCUAUUUUUACAAAAAUAUAUAGAAGGGAAGUUUUUAAUAUAUCAUAGUAAAAAAAAUAUAUUCUUGUUACUUUUGAAAAAUAUUUUUAAACAGUGUAGUAAACCAAUAAAUGAUGUCACAAAGGAUGAAGAGUUAAUAAUUCGUGGAGUAUUAAAAUUUUUUUUGAAUAAUUAUAUAAUCAAAUUUUUUUCUGAACAUAUGAACAUGUCAACUUUUUUGAAAUAUUUCAUUCAACUUUUUCUUGUUAAUAAUUAUAAAUUAACUGGAGACUAUCUAAGUGAGGAGUUAAGUAUAUACACAGAUCUCGUGCACAUAGCACAGGAGUACAUAUUUAAUCGAAUAGCAUGCCUAGAAAUGACUGAAAAGCAAGGAGGUAUGUGCGAAGAUGAUAUAGUAUACCUACAAAAUAUACAACAAAUUAUUGACGAUUUUAUUAAAAAUGAAGCAGUUGAGCAACGUGAAAAAGUACAAGCAACACAAACGUAUAAUAAUCAUCAUAUGAUAAACAUUUUUGAAAAAAACAAAAAAAAUAUUUAUUCCAGUGUAAGGCAAAACAAAUUGGAUAUUAGCAAAAGUUUAUCUGUAUUAGUAUGUGAAAAAGUCAUAGAAUGUUUUAAGAAAGGCUACUUUUUUAACCCUUUACUUUUAGCAAUUUUAUUUUUUUUCUCUUCCGUUUCAUUUCCACCUGAAUGUAGAAGAGUCUUUUUUAAUGAUCAUGAAUUAAUAAAAAUUUUAUCAAAAAAUGUUUUUAUUUAUUUUUUUGACAAUAGGAAUUAUGUAAUAUUUACUACGUCUACAUAUUACGGGAAGAAGGAAGAAAAUUACCUUAUCGACUUGACUUCUUUAUUUCCUUCUGUUCUUUCAUUUAUUCUAGACCUGAAAAAGGAUGAAAUACUAGGGGUGGAUAUAAAUUUAGAAAAUUAUUUUAAAAGCAUUCAAUCAGUUUAUUCGCAUACCAGCUUAAUGCAUUUUUUAUUUUAUACAAAAAGCAGAAUGAUAUAA